CCUCUAGGUAAACAAACAAUGUGAAUAUUUUGCUGCGAAAAAUAAUGAUAUCACAAGCUUCACGACAUGUGCAAGACUAUAAUUAACAAAGUAAAAAAAAAAAAAAAAACAUAAACCACGACCUAGUUCUGUAAAGAAGACGGAAAAUAGAGGAUUUUGUUGGCUAUGGUGUUUAGCAGCUCGGCAGUGGUGACGGUGGCGAACGUUUCCACUGAAAAGUGGCAGCGGAUGAGGAGAGUUCCGUCGUCGGAGUUGUUGAAUACCCAAGAGCUUAUGAAGGUGGCUUGUUGCCUCCCUCUUUUUCAUUUUGGUAUCUGUGUAUGGGAGUUUAUGUGUUUCCCCAUAUGUGAUUAUGAUUCUGAUGAUUAUUAUUAUGAUGAUGAUGAUGAUGUCGGUGAUGAAGAUGUGUUUGCUAUUGAUCAUAAUAGUAACAGCGAUUAUGAUGAUUAUUAUCAUGGGUCUUCUUCAGCAUCUAGUUCGGAUUUUGAUGAUGACUAUUACCAUUACCCGGACUCAGAUUAAUUAGACUAGUUAACUUCUGUUUUUUUACAAUCUUACUGAUUCCUUUGGUAUUGUUGUCUUAGCUAAUUAACGAGGUGUAAUGUCCUAAUUAUUAAU